AUGGAGAAGAAAAAUAGUGAAGCUCGAGGAAACGAGUUUAGCUGCAUAUCAGUGAUCGGAAAACAUAACUAUACUACUCUUGAGAAAGAGGAAGUUGACGCCUCUGUGACUAAAGUUCUGCCCCAAAGGAACGUGUCUAACGUCAAUGAUGCCUCUGCUGAGAAAGAGAUUAUGGUGGUUGAUCAAAGGAAAUACCAGACAAUUUUCCAUUUGCAUAAUGCAAGGAUUGGCAUUCUCCUUGAUCACCUCAACUUGCAAAACAGUGUUAAUGAAUUGGCCUCACACUACAGCAUAUUCACACGCACACAAGGUGCCCACAAGUCAUGGUUAACUAUCUCUUCAAAGACUAACUUAUAA